CAAGUUUUCAAGCUCAAGGUCGAAGAAGAACAAGUCGUAAUUUGUUGUAGUUAUGAAGAACUCGUUUAUUAGGGUAACAAGCUGUAAUAUUUGUAAACUCUAUUUGAAGGAGGUCGUUCUCGUUGUAACAAUCUAGUAAAUCGGGUGUAAUUGGUAUAGAAAAACAUAACUGUUUCAAACAAUUUGAUGCACAAUCCUUAUUUGAAGCGGUUUGUGUUUUUGUCUGUUUUGGGAAAGUAGUACAUGAGUUCUUCUUUGUCGUUCGUUGAAUUCUUGAGCGGAGCAUACUGAUAGUGCGUGCUUGGAACUAAACUAAAUCCUUAUUUUAUGCACUACUACAUGUAAAUCCAAAUCCUUUCACUUCUAAGUACUUUCUUGUGGUAUACAAACAAUAAACUCGAUUUGGUGAAAUUAAGAACGCUAAUGUCAAUUUGGAGUUCGAUGCAUAGCUUAGGAUGAGCACAGGUUUCGCGUGGAGGGGACCUCCAGCUGACCAUAGACAACUAGAGCGCGGUAGCCGUAAGUUGCUAGCCUCGAAUGUAUCUGGUUUUGUUGUAGGUGUUACUGACCAAGGCAACUGUGGUAAUGCUGAAAAGAGGGUGGACCAAGAAGUUCAAUCAGUAUUGAGUACACCAGUAUCUACCUCAUUAGGGAAGAACAAGAAUGAGGGUGUUGUUCAUAACAAAAACAAUGUCGUAGCAGAACAAGGGGAUUACCACGUGGUCGAGAAGGUGUCCUCCUCAUCGAGAACAUCUUGCUAUAAUGCUGGCAAAGGCGAACGGUCGGAGGUGCAAAGAAGAGAGAAGACUGAGGACUUGUGGCUGCAUUCUGACGACACUAGAUUUUCGAAGAUUUUCGGCAUCGAAAAGCGGGCUCCUGACACAUUCGGGCGCGGCCUCGCUUCUCCGCAUCGGCGGGGAGGCGUGCCCCCGAGUGGCGUACGUGGUGCUAGCAUGAAGAUGUCGAAGAUCACGACUGACGAUGCUGCUUUUUCAGGGCAGCAGCACGAUGCUCCGAGCCUUGAAGGAGGAAGAAGCAUGGAUCACCUUGUUGAAGGCGAAACAAGUGUUGAUCGAACACUUAGCAGCGAGAGCAGCGACGCAGCGGACGACGUUUACUACCACUUCGGUAGUGCGGAUGACCCUGUGAUUUUGUACCUUCAGUCAUGGCAUCGCGGUGCAACGAUAGGAACGAGCACUUCAUCUUCAACUACUACACCGACGACAUCAGCAAUAAGGACAGCAGGAAAACCAAGGAGGAGCAGAAGAAGAAGAAGAGUAAAAAUGAUAUCCGACGUUGACCCCGGAAACGGCGCGAUUUUAGUAAACGACAACGACGAUGCUAGAGUUAGACAGUUGCUAGACGAGUCUGAAGAUUCUUGUACUAGUAGUUUUGAUUGUGCAAAUACAAUCACAACUUCUGAUCAUUCUUGCGAAGAAGAUGCUGAGGAUCUUGUCGAACAUCUUCGUCCGGCCGACAGGGAAGUAGUAGCUGCGGUCCCGGAGGACUCCUUGGGAGAAAACGCAGUCGCGACUACUUGCAGUUUUUCAACUGUGGCGCUAGGGUGUUCUGGAGACGUCGACUGGAAACCUGACUUAGCAAUGAGGAGGCGUUUGUCAGACGAUAGUACCAUCCUUGGCGAUAUCAAAGCGAGUAGUAAUACGAGAAGACGAGGAGUUCGUCGUAGAAGUCCUAGAAGUAAGAGGUGUCGAGGAAUAGGUUUGGACGAAGGGCAGGCUCAGCAUGCUUCCUGUGCAGGAGUACUGAAAACCGAGGAUUUUGGUUGUCCUCUUCCGCCUAGUACAACUGGUAGAGUAGAACAACUACUGCCCGCGGACGGCGAUAGAAGGUCCUUCAGCAUGCUAGAUUACAAAGUGGAAAGAAGGAAGACGAGGAAAGAGGAAUCGCAGCAGCUUGAUCUUCACAAGAAGAGAUCGACGCCGACCGAUGCUGCAACAUCUUUAGCGGCGACGCGUAGCAGACCACAGGAGGAUCUUCUGUUGGGCAUUCGGUGUCCAGCAUUCCCCUGGAGGUAUUCAUCGUCUCGUCCGCGUGUAGGAGAAAGAACACCUCCGGAGAUGAAAAGACCAAGACCGCUGGCAGUACAGCACACGAAGAAGUCAUGGACCACCAAGAAUGCGGGAAGUAGAAGUAGUGGCUCGCUAUUGACUUGGCUCUUCUGGGUUCUGUUGACGACCUUUAUCAGUUUUGGUCCUCUAGCAGAGGCUUUUGAUAUCGUCGCAGUAAGUCAUAAGAAACAGAAGAUCGUCAUCGAUCUGGCAAGCACGUGUCCUUGUGACAGUGUGGAGCUUCCCUGUUACGAUAGCACGGCUUUAGAAGGAGAGCCUGCCUGUAAAACCCCUAUUUUUACAGCAGCAGAAGUCGCCCAGGCAGCCUCUAACGGACAAGUCUUACUGAGGUACAUACUAACCUUGAUAUUUUGGCCAGCAUUUUUUGGUUUCGAAUGAAGAAAUCUUUUCGUGAUGAUCUUUUAUUGGAUGUAACUGCAACAACGAACUCGUCUAGCAUUUUUAUUUUCUCACUCAGGUGCGGUACACUAGUAGAUUGUAUCGAGCAGAAGGAGGUGACGGAGCGGCAGCAGCAGUCUUUGGUACCGAGGCAGCUGCUGGAAAGGAGUCGUCUGUCACAGUUUCGGUUUGAGACCGCACCAGUGCCGGAUCCCUAUGGCACGGAUGAUCUGGCCACCCAGAAAAACACGAUUGUGUACUCUCGGUGGACCUACAUUGGCUGCUUUUCUGCGCAAGUAACGGACGUCACCGCCGAUGCGACCACGAGUCCGCCGGCCCAAGCCUUCGAUCCGAAUGACUGCGUCAAUGUCUGCACAGGGCCAGGAGGUCUCAAGCGCAGUGAAUACUACGAGCAGCAAAGAAAUGUCAUCAUCGGCAUUUCAGGUACUAUGCAAAAUUCAAAUUAUAUGAACCUUAGGUUGAUGAGACCUUGAGAACUUGAGAUGAUACAGCACCUCGAGCUCCUGAUCCUCCUGGAGUUUGUUGAUAGAUUGGCGAUUGUAGAUCUUCAAAGUACUCAACUAUGGAUUUGGAUUAGACAGAUACAGGUUUUAAGUGGACUAAAAACAAAAUGACAAAAACUGCUGCAAGGGCUCUCCUACUAGAAGUGUCUAUGCCAUCAUUACAAAAUUCAAAGGUCUUUCGUGUGCGUGCGUUGUGGAGACGAUGGAGCUCUUUAUUGAAGCGAAAGGACAGUGCGAUAUUCCAUGCCUUCCAAGUUUCUCGAAUCCCCUGUGCGGUGGUACGGGUGAUGCGACGACAAAUAACUGGGGUCUUUUCAUGGAGUAUGAGUACCAGAGUUAUGGUUCUUCCGGCGCCUACGACGUCUGGAGGUACUUUUUUACCUGCUCGUUUUUUCUGGGAGUAAGUAUCGAUUUUUCAAAGUCGUAAGUAAGCACCAGCAUCUCUUACGAUAUUUAAUGAAAUUGCGCUGUUGAUGUUGAUGAAAAAAUACAAGGUGCAACUAGUGGACAGCUAGUGGACACAUCAAAAUCAUUGUCAUUUCGAUUUCUUCGUCUCACUUUCCCCUUAUCGUCCAGGUACAUGUGGUACACUGUUGUUGUAAUCAAGGACUCGACGAUUAGCGUGGGUUCAAGCGGCGCCGUCGCUUCUUCCGCCAUUGUGAUCAAUCCUGAGCGCUAUUACCUGCAUUGCACCAACGAGGAGGGUGAUGCCGUGUUCCAGAACCAGAUUCAGGUGAAGGAUGUCCUUCUCUACGGUUUGGCUUACGACAUCACGGGCAGCCGCUUGGUCGCUCUCGCGGUGCCCGCGUCGAUCGGACGAACGCCGGUGAUUACGCAAAACGCCGACGACAAGUGGAGCUACAAGGUGACGUCGGUCGAGAUCGACGAAACGGAUCCUAUGUUUCCGAAGCUAACGCAAACGCAGCUAGAGUUGAACGACGAGAACCUGCAGUCCAUGGCGGGGUUGUACAAAUCCAGCUCCGCUGCGCAGGACAACUUCGUCUUCACCGGUGUGUCCACGAUAGUAUCGCGCGCGGACAUUCGGUCGUACGCGGUGACCGCAGUCGAAAAGUCCAACACGCGAGUGGACCGCUUCUUCGUCUUUUCCUUGCUGGAAGAGGCAGGCAUGGGAGUUUUGAGUCGAGUGAAGCUCGUGGUGCAGCAGAACUUGGGGUUUAAGUGUUUGCAGAUUUUCGGCGACACGCGUCAGGGCACGAUCUCAGCGGUCGGACCGAUCAAUGGCGACAUGAUGUACGUCGUGCUCGGCUACCUGUUUGCGGACGGAAACACGGCCACUGCGCGAUGGCACAGCUACUACGACGAGAGUAACACGGCUACGGGUCGGUACUGGGCGCAGAGCAUCAUCCGCAGCUUCCACAUCUAUCCCGGCGGCGGUGCCAGCGGGCCAAAGAACAAUACCUUCAUGAGUUACCGGAACUAUCCCGAAGUAGUCUCGGCCGCACGACCUAGGGCGGAGACUGCGUACGCAGUUCUGCAGGUGAACAGUUAUAACGGACAGACCGACAAGUGGUGUCAAGUGGAGUCUUGCGAGACGGGCGACCUUCACCGCAGUCUCGAUCCCGAUGUACCCUAUGCGAACCUGUUCAACGCAGAGGCAGGAUUUCCGCUCAGUCUCUCCGCGCCGAAGGUGGAGCAUGCGCGGUUCACUAUUGAGGGUCUCUUUUUAAAGAUCGUUUGGGACCAAGAGACGACUCGAGGUGGGAUUCCAAUCGAUACUGACGGCAACCGCAUUCCAGACCGAAUAGAUCAGAGCAAGGACCGAUCGGGUGGUGCCAAGUUUGACUGCGCUGAAGUUCUAUCAGCGGAAACGGUCGCGCUCAUUGGUAAGAAUGAUUUUUAUUUUCAACGAAGAAUAAGGUUAUUUUGAUCUUUGGGGUUUUAGAUGAUGUUGAAUAAAGUUAUAUUGAUCUUCGGGGUUCUAGAUGUUGAAUAAAGUUAGAUUGAUCUUUGGGGUUUUUUGUUUUUGAAUUCCGUUCCACUACUAGUUGUUCAUCAGUCUAUACCUAUGCUUUCUCGUAACUUCAUCUUCUUCCAGGUACGUAUCCUGGGACUGCGUGCACGUGGAAGGACGACACAACUGCUGGAGGAGGUGAGACCUUAGAGGUGGAGUUCGGUCCGGACAGUGUCCUGAAAUUGGGAGACGAGAUUGCUGUGCUCGCCGACAAAGUUUUCGCGAAACCGAUUUGCUCCGUACAACUUUGGUCCUUUGCUAGUAUGUCUAUGUACUAGAGUUUGUAAUUACUUUGGAUGUACUUAGUUGACAUUGAGUUUGAGAUUGAUACAUAUUGAUUUCUUGUAAGGCAUUGCUCACUGUAUUAACUUGUGAGGAUCGAUUCACUAUGUAUGUUUAAGCCUGUAAUGUAAACAAAACCUCCAGACUCCUGGUGAUUUCGCGACGUGUGAGUUCUCGCCUGCAGCAGUGGGUGAGGGUGCGAUCGUUUCGUUGCCGCAUCCGUUGUUGUCGCCGAUUGUCGUGGUGGAACCAACGGACGGCACCUUUUCGAUCGAUGAGUGCUCUACCAUUGAGUUGCGUGCCGAUGAGACCAAGCGAACGGGCGGCACAGCCGAAUACCUGUGGGAGUUGGACGACAGUGAUGGCGUGCCAUUCACGUCCUUGAACACCGUGAGCACAGCCAUGAACGCGACGCAGUACGCUAUGCUGCAGGAGCGUCUUGCCGCGACGACUGGGGGUAAGCUCUUCAUCUGCGUCGAGUGCAUGCCGCAAGGUUUCCGAUACAACAUGCGCGUCACGGUCACGUCUCGCUGGGGCUUGGCGUCGACUUUAGGGUUCGUCGUGGAGAAAGCGGAUUACCCGGCACCGACGAUCCGAACCGGAAGUUGGUCUUCGCCCUCUGUCCGCCAGACCUCGCAAGCGUUGCGCAUAGAGACGGAGAUCAGGCAGAGUAGUUGUGCAGUGGGGAAUCAGCAACUUGCGUGCGAGUGGAGUUGCGCCAGCCACAACCCAAACUUCAUCGUGGGAGAAGUCACCACAUCAGAGGUACAAUCUCUAUCUCAUAACGAGAAGAAAUUGCUUCCCUGCUAGAGCUAGUUCAUAUUGAUAAGUAAGUAGUUGGAGACUCCAUUAUGUGAUUUCAUUUUUAAGUACGCGAUAUGCUUAUGAGUGUAGUGCUAGUACCUGUAAAGAAACGUAAGAUAAUCAUUGAUUCUACUCCAUAACUACAAACAACACAGAGCUGCGACAAUUCGCUUUUCAACUCGCAAAAGCUGGAGUUCCCUGUGACCGGUCAAGUCCUGUUUAUUCCGCGUUACACGCUGUCGCCUCCGGUACUUCUGAAAGUUUAACUUGCCAUGAAAAGCAAGCAUCUUAGAAUGUUUCUCAUGACUCGUAGGGAAAGAAAAUUUUUGUUCCAUGAUAGUUCUGUGUGUCAUCAUGUUUACCCUUUUUUUUAGCCUACGUAGAAGUACGUACUCUUAAAUAAAGGUGAAGAAUUCAUCUCAAAAACACCAGAUUUACACGGCGGAUGAUAUGGCGCAAGAACCACCUAUCACGAAGUAUCACGAGUACACGUUCCAAAUCUUGUGCGUUGUUGUGCAGAGUGCAACAGAUAUCAUCCAGACGGGAGACGCUGCAACAGCUAGCGCCCAAAAUGCGGCCGAAAAUGUCAUUAUUCGUAUCGAACGUGCGCCGUUGAAGGUAGUUGUGAGUUUUGGACAGUGCUGAUGAGUAGAGUGUAGACUCGUGAAAAUGAUGAUUCAUUAAUACCUUUAUUUGGUAAAUGAACUAAAUGAAAUGAAACUCUUGACGCUCUAAGAACCAGACGUAAAAACUUUGCAUUCCCACUACAUCACCGAAGGUUCUUUUGUUCCCUGCCGGAACGGAGUUUGCGCAAAAAUCGACUACAAUGGCCUUGAAUGCGCGCUUCACCAUGGAUCCGGAUAUGGAGGAGGCCUACGGUUGUCUGCUGAAUCCUGGAAGCUUGGCGUGCGAUACCUUGCCUACCUUCGAGGGUGACUUCACUUUCCGGUGCUGGAAAGUGACCCCGGUGAUUCAGGGAAGUUCCGAGGCAGAUGCUGGGAAGGUCGAAUGCGAAGGCGGAAUCUACGUCAUCUACGAUGUGAAUAACGUCUGUCCGGAAGGAUUCGAAGUCGUCACAUCGACUGACUGCGAAGAGGCUGCAACGAUGUGCGGAUUCACGUGGAACGCAUUUGAUCCGAAUAGUACUCUUGUUAAAAAUUGGAUGAAUAAAAAGUGCAUUUUCAUCAAGUUGAAGAUUUCGGCCGCCUGAAACAAAGAGCAUGAUUGAUAUUCGUCGAUAGGGAUUAACAUCAAGUAGUAGGGUAGAUUAUACAAUACAUGUCCUCGAUGUAAUAUGGUACAAGGAAGUAAAUUGACAAUUUGCCUCCCUAAGCGACCAACCAACCAAUCAUCCCUUUCAUUAUCCACGCAAUUCCGUAACACAGAUGCGCAAGAGGUGAGCGGGUGCUUUCAGAGAACGACAGAGAAUGAUAUCCAAUUCAACUCCUUUGCGCAGUCUGCCUUCCCAGAAGGGCAAUCAGACCGAAAACCUAUCUGCUUGAAUGGUACCUAUGUAUAGCUAUAGCUAUGGCUAUAGCUAUAAUGGCUUUAAUACUGUUGUGCUGUCAUGACGAGUUUCUCUUACUUGGAAGAUCGGUUCGUGAUUACUCUUAAUCGUUUAGAUUGUGAUGAAAGUAAGUAGGUAGAUUUGAAGACAUCACUACAUUGAUUGUAAUUUAUGGUACUGGUGACCCAGAAGAAUCUUCACAAUUUGAAUAUCCCCCACUAAAGACGCUAUCAUAACGUCCGCGACGGCGACAACAACGCAGCUGGGAACAACUCUUUUCACGUCUACUGGUACAAUGAUGUCACCGUGCUUCACACUGGGUCUGGGUGCCAACGCGAAUCCGAACUAUCUCUACCAGGUACUACAUUAUGUUUCUUUACUGCUGUAGACGUUGAGAGCAGACUGACAAUAUCGAUAGUGCUGGCAGUAGGUUUACCUAGGGCUUUGAUUUUUUGGUUUCGCAUAUUUUCGUACGCUUUUAAUCCGCAUGAAAUUUUUACCUUAAUAUUUGACACCUUGUGAAGAGAUGGGUUUCAUUCAUGACAACUCGUUCUCUGCCCAAACAGGUUGACUCAAAUGGAGAGAUUGUUGACUGGAAGCUGCGAUUGUACGACCCAGCGGAAAUCUGCACGCAGAGAGGUGGCGAAGACAUUCCGAAGUUGGAUAUCGGUUACAAUGUCCAAGUCAACCAAGUCUCCUUCACACAGGUACUAGUAACUUUAGUAAAUACAAUGAAUCUUACUUAUUUCAAUUGGUCCUUACUUAUUACGUAUUACAAUCCUACUUGUUACUUAUAUCCGUCUCUCCUUUGUCGAAUCCGAUCCAGACCGCUGCUUCAGAAGUGAAAAAAUGUCAUCUGUUGUUCUAGAGAAGUAAACUCGUUUUCUUGUCUAAGGUCUACCUGAUUAUUACAAUUCAUUGGCUUUACUAUUUUUGGACUGUUGUAACGGGCGCGAAGAUGAAUGAUCUUACGAUGCCUGCAGUUGUAAUAUCAGUGGUACAUGAUCAUCAGUACUACUACAACAGACAUAAGAUCACAUUGUCAACAUUCAUCACAUUUUUAGAAGAAGAUCUUUCCACGACUUAGACUUAAAUUCAAACAGGGUGACUCCACAGCCGUUCCGCCAGUGCUUCCGCAGUGCUAUUGCUACUACAGUGAGGGGCUGCUCAUGGUCGAGACCAACAAGAUGGAACUGUCUAUUGAUGAGCAGUUCUACACGUUCGAGGUCGAAGCCAUCCACAACGACGGGCGCUCUGGUCGCGACAAAGCGGACGUCUACAUCGUAGAUCGCCUAGUUUUGCAAGUUUUUCUGAAAGAGAUCCGAACCGAUCCGGAAUUGGCGCAGCUUCCCUUGACUAGUGUGUAUCAAGACGUAACACUGGAGGGAACCAUCUCGAAAGACCCAAAUUUCGAUGGCGCGAUCUACACCUAUCGCUGGGAAGUCUUCAAGAAGCAGAGCGGAGGAAAUGAGUAAUCAUGUUUCUUUGAUGGCUGGUUCCUUACUGUUACUUUUUUAGGAGCUUGCUCUUAAUUUUGAGUAUCUAUUGUCAUCAACUAUGUUACAGUCAUCAGGAGAUUCUACAAAAGAAAAAGGUGGGUUACUUUUUUCGCAACUUAAUUCUAACAGCUUCGUUACGGAGUGGAAGAACGAGACUGACACGUUCACGUGGUCUGACCCGGCGAUUAUUGAGUGGCAUCCUACUCGUACCUCGCGUAUCACGUUCCACUUGGAUCCGAAUUCCUUCGAGACGCCGCUUUCCACCCAGCUGCAGCGCUCGACCUCCUACAAGAUUAUGCUUCACGUCACUGCGCAGGUGCUCGCCGGGCAGUACGAAGGAACGUACUUCGGGAAGGCACAGAAGAUCCUGAACACGGCUCCUGGUCCACCCAUUCGUGGUGGCUUCUUCAUCAAGCCUGCGGAGUACACGUUUCCAGACGAUUUGCUGAUGGAUCCAAUGAUGAACUUCGUGUUCGACGCACCGCAGUGGCGAGCCGAUUCCUCUUUGGGUGGCGGCACUGCGGACGCGCAGCUUAGUUACUCCUUCGGGUUCACUCCGGUUUCAGAAACGGGCCAAGCAAGCGCAACAAUCUGGCAGGUAGAGGGCCAGACGAGUACACACUUCGAAAUCCCGGCAAAUCAGAUCCCAUACGAUGGGCAGGACACACUUUUGGGAAACCUCAAAGUCUGCACUGUUUACAAGGUACAAGAACUUUAGAACUUGUAGUACACUUACAACUCUGCUUAGCUUUUAGUACAGUACGCACUUCUUGUUUAUUGUAGUUGAGGAUCUAUGAUCCACAUUUACAUCAACAUCUGCUUGCGUUUUUCGAAUAUUCGACAUCGACUACAGUAACUAAGAACGAGAAGUGAUGACUCAAGUGCAUUCCUGCAUUGAACUCUUGUAUUGUUUCAGGUCUGCGCAAGCACUGACCAGACCAUGGCAAUGGUGUUCAACACCGAAGCGACGUAUGAGCAAAUUCGUGAUGCUCUGUUGCCAGAGGACACCGACCCACAGCAGCUGAUCGCGGCGCAGACCACCGCAGAUGGUAUCAGAACGCGCUUAACCACUGGCCAGUAUGACGACCUUCAGGGUGAGUUCCGAACGGCCGUGAAGCAGUUCAACUUCGGAAACAUGGACACAGCCGAUUUGGGUAGUGCGUUGCAAGCGACCGCGAGUGCCUCCGACUCGGUCGCCGAUAUUGACGAGACAGGCGCAAAGAACGCCGAGGUUUCUGACUUGCUGGAUACUAUGCAGAACGGUUUGGACGCCGUGCUGGGCGGAUCCACGCUGUCGCCAGCAGACGCAACGUCGUUCAUCAACGGUUUGAGUAGCAUCAUCACAGCGACGGGAGGUCAGGGUGCUGCGGCCGGCGUGGGUCGAAGGCUGAACCUCGUGCGACUUCUGAGCGACUACGAAGAAGAGUUUGGGGAAGACAUCCUGGAAACACUCGAAAAACAAGAGAACUUUCCCCUUGCAGGCGAUGCGGAAGAGAAAAAGGGUGACGCAAAGCGCAAACUGAUGGAAGCCACGGACGACUUAAAGUCCGCAAGCCCAGAAAAGCUGCGGGAACUUCGCGCAGAGCUGGCGCAAGUCCUCACUGGCGAAGAACUAAAAGUGGUUUUUGCGGGUACGGCGCUUUCACGCAGCGGAUCUUCUGCGUCUGCAUUAGGUGAACACGACCACGAAGAGGAUGCCGAUCUUGACAGCACGAGACAGCAUCCUGGGGUGUCACUGGAGAGUCGGGUCGAGCAUGGACCCGAUGUAAGCUACUCAAGCAGACACUUGCUCUCCGAGACAGGGCAGAACUUGGUGAAGCGCAUUAGUGAGCAGUACGGCAGGCGCUUUUCUCGUCGCGAGUUUGACAAGCGGUUGCGUAUCUUGAAGGAGUUGGACAAACUGGGGUAUCAUAUUCCGCUCAAGGUGUCUGAUGGCGCGUCCACGAAAAGUGCCGCCUGGCGCAAGUUGCGCCACGCCUCGCCGCAAGUCUUGGAUCCUUUAACGCAAGUUCCGAAGUUCCUGGUUUCCACAGAGCAAAUGCGCGCGUUGGAGGCCAAAGAGCGCCGUGGCGAGUUCGGUUCCACGCUGAUGACGCACAUACCGCGCAGAAAAGAGGGACUGAACCACGAGCAGCCGGGACCUAGAAACCUGCACAUCUUCAUUCGGCCCGAAGCCAAGAAAGAGAAUGCGCACCUGAAGUGCGACUUCUGCGGGAUCUUUCACACGCCGCUGCCCCUGAUGACUGAGGACGGAAAGUUCGAGUCCUAUGGCAGGUACGCCGAGUCGGACAUGAAGUACCUAAACGAAAAGGACACAGAAGGUGGGGGCAAGCGCCCUUUCACGCUGGUGUGGAACCGCACCGCAAGCGUGUAUCAGAUUGUGGAGGUGAAGCGCCGCAAGAUUGUGGCACAGAGCGUGAACACAGGGUUCAUGACCGCAGCUGCGAGUGGAACGUCGUACUUGACGGACGCUGGUGACGCUGCGAGCAGGCGCGCUUUGCUCGAGAACCCGGAUGGGCAGAUGGCUCUGAGUCUCUUCGGACACCGCGCCGACGAGGACCCCACUUCGAACAACCGGCGUCGACUCGCGGCAGCAGGUGGUGGCCCGGUUUUGCUGCGACAGCCGGAAGUGUUGAUGUGGAAUCCGGACUUCAUCGGUGUGAAGGCUUUGCCUGCUGUGAUCCACGACUGCCGUUCGGACUUCUGCGACAAGCUUGGCCUGAUCUGCUUUACGCGCUCUCCGCGCGCAAAGGAGAUCGGCGGUCGCGUGUGGGGUACCGAGAAGAUCCGCUACCAGUGCUGCGCGGAGAAGAACCCGAACACGCUGUGCAACAAGCCGCCGUGCUGGUUCGAGCAGCGCUGUCCCCGCAGUCCGGAGGAGCUUCGCGCGGAACUGGAACUGCAGCAGAAACGGGAUCUGCGAAAUCUGCGUGCGGAGAUGGCGCGAGCGCGCUCCAAGCGCACUACCAACAAUGCGAUCUCGGACAUGUUCUCCGGCAGUCUAGGGGCAACCAGUUCCGCGGAGAAGCUCAAGCGCAAAGAAGCGCGCAUGCGGCGACUCGAGGAAGCCAUGAUUCGGGAACAGCAAGAAGUGUUCAACGACACGGCAACCGGACGGCAGUACUUCGGCGGGGGCGCAGGCGCAAGCCUGGACGACCGGGAAGACACGUGGUUUCGCCGCUGGAUGCAGGACGAGUAUGACCGCAACACUACUGUGGGGCGCAUGUGGAAGCGGUUCAACUUCACCGAAAGCAACGCGCCGUUUUCGUUUGCUGAUAGAGCGCGCGCCUUCGAGCUGUACAACAGCGAGGACCACCGAAGACUGCAGAUGGCCAGCAACUUGCAGGCGGAUCUGUCGAUGAGCGACUUGCAGACCAUCAGUUUCGUGGAGAAGCUCGAGCUGCCGUUCUUGAGCGACGCCCGCAAGAAUCGGCUGACGCAGGACAUCAACCUGCAGACGGCGACCCUGGUGGACGCGAAGCGCGAAGUCGAGUACAACAGCUUCGACCCGACCAUCGCUGCGCAGUACCGAGCCGACGACGCGGCGCGCAUCGAGGCGGACCGUCGGACAGAGAUGGACACAAGGCGAAACAUAUCGCAGGCGCUGACGCGAUUGAGUAUCAUGCGAGACAGGCUAGUGCGCGCUUUGAUUCCAGACUUGGUGACGAAUGCGCGGUCGCCGCUGCAUUUCGACACCAGGGCGUUUUUGAUGGACGUCGGAAAGGUGACCAACAUGAGCGCGGUCUCAACUGCUUUCGUCUUCCCCGCUGAAUUCAUCGUGCCGAGUGAUUCUCCUGACGAGCCCACACUGACGAACCCGAUCACAGCUUUGGCGUAUCAGUUUAUUCAGUAUAAACAGAACAUCUACUACUGGUCGCCAAGUACGCCUAGUAACCAGCAGAGUGCGGUGAUAACGCUGCUCAUGUUCUACGCGAGUGCAGAACAGUACGACGUCUGCGUCGAGGGUCCAGGAUGUAAGGCUCGGAACGAGUUUAUUCGUGUCUUUGCGGACUACAACGUGUAUUCAAGUGGCGUUUGCAUGAUCUGGGAUCGCUUCUUCCCCAACACGGCUGGUGGUGCGUGGAACGGUCGCGAUAUUGUCAAUGACGGAAACGGCUGUCUCACACUGACACUGGGUGACAUCGGUUUCUUCGUGGACGGGAGACCAUCCUACAUUUUCUCUCUCACGGAGGCCACAAAUCACCCGCUGAUGGAAAUCAUCAACCGGACGAAACUCAGCACUCUCGCGACACUGGUACUUACUUUCUUCCCUAGAUUUCAAAAAAAAAUGAUAGUAAUACGUUUUUUUACAAGCCUCCUGUCGGAAUAGUGUUUUUCGACGUCGAGUUUUGAUGGGACGCUACACCUAGUAGCUUGUGACUCAAUAUUUGUAAAGUCUUGUUCAUUCCUUCCUCUUGGUUAUUUUUAAAAUCAAUGUCUUUAUUUCAUUUCGAUCAUGAUGGAAUAAAGAAAAUGAUUACACCCAUAUGAACAAACAAAUACACACAGGUGAUGAUCUUGCUGUUGAACUGGUUCUUGAUCUUCUGGGGCUACAAGCAUGAUGAGAAGGUUCGCAGUGACCAGCGGGCUGGGAUUAUACCUUACGCUUCGUAUCACUAUGACGGCGACGGCAUCGACACGCCGAUGAACGCGAACGAUCCGAUUGCCUACAAGUUUGCGGAGAAACGCAACCAGCUGUUCAUGAAGACGUACUGGAACGUGCUGAAGCGCGAGCACUUGGCCAUCGCGCCAGUGUUCUACCACGAAACCUUCACGAGGCCGCAGCGGCUGUUGUGUACGAUGGCGUUGAUCCAGGGUCUGCUGGCUAUCAACGCGAUGGUGUACGGAAUUCCGAACAAGUUCGCGAGCUCAGAGCAGUUCGUGAUCAGCGGGAUUUUGUCCGCUUUGCUGAUGUUUCCCUUGUACUGCGUCUUCCUGAUGAUGUUCACGGCGCGACCGAUCCCGGCGAAGAGGCGGCAGAUCAAGCGACGGCAGGUGGCCAAGGAGUUGGACAUGAUUCAACAAGAGAAGCAGAAGUUGAUCAUGCAGUCCCAAAUGUUGCCAGCGAGCGCAGCAGCUCAAGCAAUGCUGCCGAUUGGCGGCUUGGCGCAACAGCAAGAGGCAUUGGCGCUGUUGGCGUUGCCACCGCCGAUCGCGGGUCCGGGUCCCGGUUCGAUGGGUGCAAGUGGUCCCGGGGCGGGAGGCCUUCUGGCACUGCCGGGACCGGGUGGAGCUGGCUUCGGAGGAGCUGCGCAGCCACCAGCACCGAAGUAUCCGCCGCCACCUGGCUACGCGAAAGCACUGCCGCCACCGCAGGACCUAUUGCCUCCGAUCUACUUCGGCAGGGCGGGCAUGCCACAGCUUCCGGCUUUGCCGAGCUUUCAAGCUCAACCGAAAGCAGCCACGCCACCGGCAACGGCUCCGCAGGCUUUAGGAGGAAUGCGUGCCAUCACGCCGCGUGGCGGUGCACCACCGGCACCACCUGCGCUCACUAUGUCUGCGCAGAUGGAGGGCACGCACAAUCUUGGCACGCCAGGAGGCGCCUCGUCUUCGGCCCGCAGCCCGUCAAACGGUGCCUCGUCUCCAUCGGGAAGCAGCAGAGGGAGUCCCGUAUCGGUUGCUGUUAGAAGGUCACCUGCCACGAGACUGCAAGAAGGACUUCUUUGGGAUGCCUCUUCUCCAGAUCAUGAGGACGGCGCACGUAGCUCAGUGGGAGAUGCUAUGAGCCCAAGAAGCUCCUUAGAUGAUUUGUCUCCGCGAGAAGCGGCUCACGUAGGGGACACGGAGUACAAUCCAGAGGAGUCCAUUCCAUCCAUGUUCUUCGAAGGAGGUCAUCAGAUGAUGCCCCCGCCACCACCUGGAGGUGGAGGACCCGGACGACCGCCACCACCACCGAGGCCGCCAGCGCUCAGUGGCAUGCCAGGACAUAAUCCAGCAGCAAGUACUACUACUUCUACAAAUCUUCUUUCUAAAUUACAAUUACAUUUUCCUUUUUGAACGAGGUUAAGGUCAUUACAUAUAUAAAGGUUAAACUGAAAGUUUUUUAGCGAACUGCAUCCACUUCUUGUAGAAUCAAUUUGCUGUCGUGAGGAGAGAAGGGAAACUUGACGAAGAAACUUGAACUUCUUCUGUUUGCUCUUUUUUGCUUCAUUCAUCUACUUGUUCACCAGGUGCUUUCGAGCCAAAAACUCCUACUUUGCCGCCACCAUCAACGCGAGGCUUCAUGCCUGGUACGCCGAAGGGAAUGCCACCGGUUAUUCCAUUCGGCACGAUGCGACCUGACACACUGAUCCAGCGUGGUCAGCCACCAGCCUUCUCGCAGCCACCGUUUAAGAUGCCGCCGCCUCCAGGCAUGCCUCGUGGUCCUGUUGGACCCGGGAUGUCCCAGGAGCUCGCUCUCAUGGGCUUGCCAAACGUGGGUGCACCAGGUAAUUUUCCCAUUUUUUCUAUUUCGUUGUCGGACUGUUUAAGCAGAUGAUAGACUUGGACUACAGUGAAUGUAGGAGGUAAAUAAUGUUGCUGGAAAGGGGAUCGAAAUCGCUUCAAUAUAUUAUAUAUAUUUAUUGCUUAAAAUUGCUGACACCGAAAGCAUCUUUCUUCAACAUCGUUCUGUUUCAGGUGCGCCGCCACCCGGCGGGCUGGCUAUGCCAUCGCCCAUUACUCCUGGCGUGCCACUGCCCCCGCCGCCACCUAGAGAAGACGAUAGUGCAUUCGUGCGGCGUGUGCGGUUAAUCUACAUGGAUCGGGUGAUGCGCGAACAUCAAAAGCAGGAGCUGUUGGAGCUAGACGCGGUUGGUAGGCCGAUUCCGAACUGGGUGUUCAAUCUGUCCGCCAUCAUGCCUUACGUGAUGUGCGCUACCUUCAUCCUCGCGUCUAUCAUCGUGAUUCUAGUUUACGCUCUGAAGUUCGACAGCUGGCAGGAGGAGCACUGGUACUACGCGAAUAUCAUCGGGUUGUGCAUGGUGAUCUUCUUGCUGGACCUAAUCCGUGCGGCCGUGGUGACCAUAGUGGAAUUGCGCAAGUUCGAGAUCCGAAAGCGUAGUCGCGCGGGCGACUUUGUAGUCAGGAAAGUACAAAAAUCGGAAGACAAGGACGGCGUGCCAGCGAUGCUGAAGCCGAAACCGAAGACCAAGGCCAAGCCAACGUCCGCCGUGCCGAAAGUAGCACCUAAGUUCGCGAACAUGGAGCGACCGAGAUUCCUGCCAGAGCCAGACAUGGCCUCGACGGGCGGCCCGGGCGGACCACCGGCGUUGACAUCGGUACCGGGAAACAGGACGCCACCGGGUGCACGCACGCCUCCGGGCGCACGAACCCCAGUGGGCGCCAAAACGCCUCCACGCAUACCGUUCGGUAUGGAGGGACCCGGGGGUAGACCGCCACAAGGAGAAGUGAGUCCAGCGGGAUCCCAUGCUAGCAACAUAUCUCAAUCACUGAGUCAAUCGCUGGCCGCGCGACGGGGCGGCGCAGUCACUCCGCCAGGCGGACCGCGCCCUCCACCUCCGCCGCCGAUGAUGGGCAGACCACCAGCACCGCCAGGGACCCCACCGGCAGGAGGAUAAGGGUUUUCAACGGACAAGUUUUUGGUUCUUGUGGAUGUUAUUAGAAGUAGAUCAUGACUUCGAGUCAUGGAACGCGAGCAACGGUCCAACGGAGUACAUGAGCAUUCUUAAGACUAUUUAUCAAGAUAUUGCCGUUUUUUCAAAGCAAGUACAAGAACAACAUCGAGUGGAAAUAUUCAGAGCAAAGAGACUCCUGGUCUGGUGUCGUAAGUGUAUAUUUAUUCGAUUGGCGUCGAAAUUUCCUAGAAACUACUACUGAUUUUUUUUGUCCAAGAACUACUAGCCUACGGCCGUGACGACCGUAACCAAAUAUUGUUUGCCAGAACAGCGGAAAAUUUGCGAAGGACCUCGCAUUUCGCAGGUAUAUCUGUGUACAGAAAUUAAGAGCAUCAAAACAAGGGGUAAUACCAUUUCAAUUUCUGGGUAAACUUAAGUAGUUCUAGUUACUUCUAGAGGAAAAAAUUGAUAAAGUCGGUACGGUACCUUCGCGGUGUUUGAUGUCUCCAAGCGCAUCUUCAAGGUGAUAUAGUUUGCGUUGGCCCAAAUUCGUGCGACAAUCUUCAUGAAAGAUAUGAUCAGAGAUAUCAGCAAAAGACACUACUGUAGUUUGUCAAUCCAAAUUCAAACAUCAAACCACGAGUUUGAUCUAUUCUAAUCCAAGAUUGUAAUUUACUCCCUAAGUUGACUAAAGUUAAUGUUUUUUCGAAUAUUGUCUACUCAGCACCUAUCAGCACCGACUUAUAAGAAACCGUUACAGUUUAUGUUGUUAUCGAACCAAUUAAGCAAGAACUACUACAAUAGCUUGUUCUAGAUCGUGCAGUAUUGUUAUUUCGUUGCGUAUUUGAUAGACCAUUCCAAGAAACAGAGAGUCGAUGAAUUGGAACUGUGGAAUUCGUCGUGGCCGUGAGUGCUUCCUUGCCGCUUAAGUCAAGUGUGAGAUGAUGGUUUUGGAGUCGAGUCCCCUUGCUGGGGGCGCCAGAGCGUUCCCCGAGGUGCGGGCGCGACUUCACCGACGACAUGUACAGAGCUAACUCGCGAAAAAACUUUCUGGUUGCUUAUGCUUGUUGAUUCAGGAGAUUCAAACAAAAGCAAUCACUUUCUACUUAUGCUAUACUAACAGAUCAUCAAAUUGAUAAAAACCUAGUCGAACAAUCUACUUAUCAUGCGAAUAUUAAUCUAUCAUCGUUUUCUUUCAUGUGACAAAUCAUUUUGGAGCUUUCUUUCGGAUAUAUGACAAGGAAAAAAUCAGAGAGAUGUUGGAAUAAAUGUCUGAAUGCCGCUGAGUAGUUACACUGACUACAGCGUCUGAGUUACUAUGGUGUAUGAACAGUUGAGCGAGCAAGUCUGACCUGCAUGAAAAUCUGCCUCUGGCAGAGUUUGCAUGACAUGCAUUGUAUGAAAGGAAAAAAACACGUAGCGUCGUGGAGAGCGCUGCUGUGCUCGUCGAGCAAGCGAAGGAUUAUUCGCGCUGUUCUUGUGAAAGACCUGCGUGUGUAGUUAAUUCCCUCAUGAUUACAUCUACGAAGAGCAAGAAGGAG